AUGGAGCCUGUAUCAAUCCCUAUGGUAGUUGGUAGACUUGCUGAUGGUAUAGCCCAGUUAACAGGAAUAGCUAAAGAGCUUUUACAGGUGAUUUCACAAGAACUAGUUCCUCAUAAAGAGCAAGAUGAUGGAGCAGAACAGAUAGAAACAGGUGCUGCAUCUCCUCCCAGCGAAGAUUCACUCCCAGACCUUGCUGAUCUCUCAGACUUAGAAUCAAUACUUACACCAAGAGAAGACGAAGACUUAAACUUCGAUAUAGAUCAAGCUAUGUUAGACAUAAGUGAAUUACAUGAAGACAUUCUCUCUAAUAUUAACGAUGAGUUAAGAAGUGGAUAA